AGACACUGCAAACGGCAACCAAUCUCCUGGCAACCAAUCUCCUGGCAAUCAAUCUCCUGGCAACCAAUCUCCUGGCAACCAAUCUGGCAACCAAUCUGGCAAUCAAUCUCCUGGUAACCAACCUCCUGGUUCAACUCCAAAUAAUAAAGGUAGUUCCACUUCGUCUUCAACUGGCGGAAAUAAUGGCGCAGCAACAGGAAAUUCUACUAGUUCAUCAUCAUCAACAGCAAACAAUGCUACAAAGUCCGGUUCAAAUACGUCCACAAAUAACUCUGCAUCCCCGAAUAACGCUACAUCCUCGAAUAAUUCUGGAUCUUCAAAAAACUCUACUUCAUCCUCAAGCAACUCUACAUCCUCAAGUAAAUCUACUUCACCCUCGAGCAACGCUACAUCCUCAAAUACCUCUACUCCAGUCUCAAGUAGCUCUACUUUACCCUCAAGUGACUCUGCUCCAACUUCAAGCUCGAGCGCUAAUCUCGGAAAUGAUAUUAAUUAUCACGUAUUUGCUUUCGCCGGUGUCUUUGCCUUCUUAAUACAUGCCGUUGUUGCUAUUGUUUAG